AAGAAGAUAUUGCACAUGUGUAUAUAAUAAAUUUGAAUAUAAGUUAUUGAUUAUUGAAAAAAUAAAUAAAUAAAAAGUGCAAAACAAAAAAAAAAAAAAAAAAAGAAAAAUAAUUUUCGUGAAACAAUUUCCGGGCUGAUUUCUUAACAUAAUUUUGUUUCUUUUUGAUUUCGAAGAAAAUUUUUAAAUAGACAAAAAUCAUUACGAUUUAUUUUACAUAGAACUGAAAAUACAUACAAUUAAACUUACGUACGAGAGAGUACCGACCGUCCGACGUACAAACAAACAUACAUUCAUUCUGCACGUAAUCGGUUGGUUGUACAUGUGAAUGUGUUUGUAUCUUUUUCACUUGUGUGUAGGAAUUCUAAAAUCCAACUACAGAAACAACGACGACCACAAUCCGAGCAGAAAAAGAAUCAUCAUCAUAACAUUGGACACAAACAAUUUUGCUCUUUAUUUUGUUGUGCUCUACUGGUGGCCAACCCGAGUCGGUGUAUGCUGAAUUUAAACAUUUUGCCUGUGCUUAUUAGAGAGAGAGCGCCAGAGAUUGUACUUGUUCGCUUUUUAUCGCCUUGCGCUACGAGCCGUAACACAAUAAGCCCCACUCCCCCGUUUGGUUCAAGUGCUCCGCUCUUGCGGCUGUCAUUUUAUGAGUUUAAAAAAUAAAACCAAACAGCAACACAACAGCAAUCUCAACAUUUGAUUUGGUUUAUUUUUUAUUUUUUGUUGGUUUCUUCUCUGCAUAUUUUGUUAAAUAAAGCAAAAAUAAAGUAAAACAAGACUUCAUGUAACAAUAAAAAUAAAAUCAGAGAGAAAGAUUACAAAUCGAUUGAUACUCGUCCCCCAUUUAAAAACAACAACUACAUCCAUCUUCACUGUAAAUAACAGUAUAGGGGAAAACAAUAAUAAUCCAUCAAUCGCUUUGGAAUUUAAGCGCAACAACAAUUGUGGAAAACUUGACAACUUAUCAACCAAACCGCCCGCCCGACCAUCUGUAGUUCACAUUUAAAGAGGAAAUCUAAAUAGUUCUUUUAAAAAUUGAGGAUUUAUCGCAUACCAGUCGUCCGAUAGAUCUAUUAUUUCCUCUUACUUGGGCCAAGUGCAAUAAUAGUAAUGAUAAUUUAACAUUGAAAAUAAUUAAAAGGGUGUUUAAGUAGCGACUGGAAGAGAGAUUAAGAGGAGAGAACGAAAAACCAUUACACGAUUUGUAAAAUACAACCGGUGAAAUUCGCCCAUUAUACACUUGCAGAGGUGAAAUAUUAAAUACUACAAGAACACCAACAACAACUGCUGCUGACAACAGCAGCAGAGUGAUUUGUUUUUAAAAAUUCAAAACACGUAAUAUUUGUUUGCUGCCUGAAUGAAUGUUGUUGUACUUAAGAAUUUAUAAAUUUAUAAAUUUAUAAAUACUUAACAAUUGUUGUGUUUAUUAGUUUUCUACAAAAUUGCGAACAAACACAAAAUAAAAUUAAAAUAAUAAAAUAAAAUAAAAAGACCAGCAACCAACAACAAACCUCAAUUCAAAAUUAAAUGUGUGAAGAAACCGAGUUAAAGAAAUAAAAAACAACUAUUUUAAAACGUGGUUAGACUGAAAUAUAUGAAAUAAAACAACAACAAAAUCGUACCUCAUAUUGGCAUUAUACAUAUGUAUGUUGCUGUUGUUGUUUUUUAUGUUUUGCCGUAUUUGUUUUAUGCAGUGAAUAGUGAAAAAUUAAUUAUUAUUGCUCUUUAUUUAUGUUCUGUGUUUUUUUGUACGUGUGCUCGGGUGUGUUUUUGUUAUUGCUUUUGAGUAAAUGUCAUAAACAUACAUACAUUUCAUACAUAAAUAACGGUGUAUGUGUGUGUAUCGGGUGUUUUAUGAUUUGUUUUUUCGCAUAAACCUCUCUAAACAAAAUCUAUUCUAUUCAAAACAAGCAAUAAUCUAAUGAUCUAUUUUUAAAUACAUAUUAGAUAUUUAGAUGGAUAGAUACAAAGAUACAACAAAACAAAAUAAAACAAACUAAACUAAAUAAACAAACAAGCGAGCGAGCAAAAAUAAUAAAUAACGAAAAAUUAAAUAAAAAAUAACAACAAGAUAAAUUCAACAAUUUUUCAAAUGUAGUUGAAAAUAAUUUAAAUAAAUUUCACUAGCAACCUAAACAUAUCAAUUAUACUACAAUAAUUCAUACAUAUAAAUAAAUAAAUACAAAACAUAAUCAAAAGUUCUCUAAGAACAAUAUUUUAUUUAAAAUAAAAUCAAAUUAAAAAUCAUAAUCAUAUCAAAUUGUUUGAAUAAUAAUAGAAAAUAAAAUAUCACAUUUAAAUUAAAAUAAAAUUUAAUCAAAUGAAUUGGAUAAAGAAAAGCACAGGCGAUCAAUAAAAAGCUGCAUAAUAAAUAAAUUAAUAAAUCAUAUCAAUAAGCAUUUUGGAAAGUAUUGUGUUAACCGUGAAAAGUGUUAUAUUUUCAUCGUAACUCAAAAAAUAUCCCAACGAUAUUGCCGUUUUUAUUUGUGAUAGUUUGUAUAUCUAUGUAUCUGUGAAUAAGGAUAAGUGAGACAAAAAUACGCGUUAAAAGAAAGAUAAAAGAGAAAGUUAAAGUAAGCGCUCAAUAUUAGGGGUCGGUAACACGGUGGCCUUCUACGAAAAAAUCACUUAAAGCGAAUAAUGCAAAUAGGAUAAGAUCGAUGUUACCACUACAUUUAAUGUCUCUCCAUGAAAUUUCAAAGCGAGAAGAAAGAACUAUGGCGUUAUGCGUCAAAAAACCUAACAGCUCCUGUCCGUGGGACGACCAGACAGCAACCACUGCCGCAUCGCCUUCCACAUCAACGCCUCCCUCAGCCCCGGGAAUUAGCCACAGGGGCGCAACAAUAUCCCAGGUCAAUGUUAUUGGGCUGUUGCGACGGCUAUGGCGAGAGCUCAAUGUCAUCGACGUCCACGAUGAGCAUAUUAAGGCAAGAAAAUGUCAGUACCCCUCCACCUCCUUACAGUUCUGUGCCUCAGCUGGACUGUUCCACGAAUGCAAUGGAGCAGGACUAUCGCUUGACAUUUCGUCAGCAUCAGACGUAUGCCACAGACGGAGAAACGGAAACUUCUGUCUCGGCGACAGACUCCGAUACGGGUUACAGUCGAAAGCAAGCACCCAGCAGAGAUGGUUGCAACUACGUAAACACUGGCGACAUAAUGCUCGUCGACGAUUACGAAAAAUUGAACGAGACCAGCACGUCCAGCAGUUACCAGUUAACAGCGGAGCUGCAGAAGAAAGCUCGACGUACGUCUCCUCAACCAACAGUCCCAACAAAUCCCCCAGUAGUUGUGAACUCAACAACUACAACGUCAGCCUCUUCCACGACAUCGUUUGCCGCUACCGCUGCCAAGAUUCUAAGGAAUUGUUGUGGCGGCACCUUCGGCUCUUCGAACUCCGUUAUAACCACCCCUUCCAAUACGAAUACCAGCCACAACAACAACAAUACCUGCAACAAAGUAAAUUACGAACACUCCAGAAGUGGUUCAGAUCAAAUGGCCAACAACGGCAGCAUCAACAACUAUACACCCGAACAAUAUUUCAGCACCCUAAUGAAACAACUCAAGAACAGUCAAAUAACGUCACUGCUAAAAGCAGUGAAAUCCCGACACGACCAAGUAAUCCCCAUCAUGCCAGCAACCAGUACCACCUCUUCCACUUCGUCUCAGCGCUGUUGUGUGGCCAACUACCAAACAAAUUGUAUACUAAUACGACGUGCCGAAAUUCUCGGCGAAGAACCAUAUGUGAUAGCAUGUCGCCUAUUUUUUUGGCGAGAUCUGAAAAACGCCUCCCAACUAAAACGUCUGCCCGUGUGUCCGAACGAACGCGACCCAGUGUAUGUAUGUUGCAAUCCAUUACACUGGUGUCGCAUCCUCGAAACAGAAACUGCUCCACCUCCAUAUCAAAGCCACAAUAUGAAUCGAAUCGAAGGCGAAAAUUCACAAAAUUUAAUAAACUCAUCCUCGUUCGGAAGCACAGACCCAGAAAACAUUCGACAAAACUAUUCCGAUCUACGUGUACGAGUUUCCGAAUCAGUAACCACUGACGGUGAAGAUCGCCGAUGUUCUCCAAAUUGGUGUGAAGUUGCAUAUUGGGAAAUGGCACAGCGUGUGGGUGAACGAUUUCCAGCUGAUACACCGACUAUAAACAUAUUUUCCGAUAAACCGUAUACAUCAACUGGUGACCAUAAAGAUGGAAUGUGUCUGAAGGAAUUAAUUGAAAAACGUACAACACCUUCGCCCGACGAUGUGCAAUACACGAGACAAAAAAUUGGCCUAGGUGUAACUCUAAGUCAAGAAUCUGAUGGUGUGUGGCUGUAUAAUCGUUCGACUGUACCUAUAUUUGUAUACUCUCCUACUUUGACUGAAAGUUGGUAUCGAGUUUGUCGCGUUGAACCCGGAGACUGUCUGAGAGCCUUUGACAAAUACAGGGCUCAAAACUUGGAACAUCCUGGCCAAUUACCAGGCGUACAAACCGGACCUAUCGACAAAUUCAGUAUGCGCAUCAGUUUUGGCAAAGGCUGGGGUUGUUAUUACAAACGUCCUGACAUCACACUCUGCCCUUGCUGGCUGGAGGUGCUUUUCAAACCUCAACGGUGACAGGCAUUGCAGCUGGCAAACGGUGAAAAAUCUGUGUCAUUGGAAUCAACGGCAAGAACGGAACGUAAAAACCGUCAAGCAGUUACCUCCAAUAGUAAAUCGGCAGUAAUGAUAGAAAUAAUCAAAACAGCAAAAUUGCAACCGCGACAACGAGUGAAAAGAGAUGAUGAAAAUGGUCUCUGUCGCAGUACCGCUACCAUCGAAACUAAAGCUCGUAAAAAGCAAUGGUCGUCUACAAUUUUUAUUGGUCAUAAGUAUUCAAUACAUCAGUGUAAGCUUCUAAAGCUUAAACUACAAACCACCCUAGUCAAAUUGAUCAAAUGUCUUCUGCUGGAAAAUGGAUCGAUUUCGAGAAAUAACAAAAUGGCCAUGUGAUUGCAAGAAUUCACAAAAAACGGAGAAACAAGAACAAAUGAAUACAUGAAAUAAAUAAAACAAACAUCAACCACAACUUCAAAAAAGAAAAAUAAUCAACUCAAGGACUGGAAUUAUAAUUUAUAGGAUGUUUUUUCUUUUUGUGUUUCAACUUUACAUCAGCGAUAAACAAACAGAUAUACGAGUACGAAUAGGCUAUACAAACAUUAAUAAAUAAUUAAUUGAUUACUAAAUUAAUUAAUUAUUUAGUUGUAGACUUUUCUGCAAGAAAACGGUUAAACUGUUUAAAAUGGAAAUCCUGUGAUCCAAGUAACAAAAUAAAUUUAUAAAGAAAAAAAAUAAACAAAUUAAUUUAUAUAUUAAGUACAACUCUACUAAUUUUUCUGCUAAAAUCAAUUGGUUCUAUUUACUAUUUGCACAUACAAAACGACGAUAAAGAACAGGUUAACGUUACACUUAAAUUCCAUAUUUAAUUUUAAAAAAAUUCAAAAUGUUUUCAGAGUAUCUUUAUAAAUACAUACAUAUGAAUGUAUGUAUCUAUAUAUGUAUUUGUGUUUGUAUGUACUCGUGUGUGCAUUGUAGUUAUGUUUAUUUAAGUAUUGAUACUCUGCUGGCCAGAUAUCAAAUUUAUUCUUUUUUUGCAAAUUGCGUAUCACUUUUUUUACCACUGUAACGCCAUCUACAUAUAAUGCUAAAGAACGCUUCGCGUUAAUUGUGUUAACCAUUGCUGUUACGACUCUACAGUUCAAAACAAUAUAGAAAUCGGAACUUUUAGAAUCUAGAUGUGUCCUUAAUUUCUCUAUCAAAGACUGUCCGAUACGAAAGGGUCAUUCGGUCCAGAAUACAGUAAUUCGCCCCUAUUGUUAAAAACAACAUUCAGAUUUUUUAACAAAAAAUGCAUUUAUGAAAAACAAUCGAUAGUUGGCGGAGUUAACUAUUGUUAAACACAUUACGUUCAGUUUCACUGAGUAAAAUUGUAUUUAACUAGCUAGGAAGAGAGGAGAAGGCAGAAAUAUCAUUGUGACGUUGUUAUUAAAAUAUUUUUCUAAAUUUGAAUUAUUUCUUUUUUUUUAUUAUUGUUUUCAUUUAAUUUAAAAAAUGAUCAUAUACGAACAUUGUUUUAUUUUAUGUUGAUAUGCAUCAUUUUCUGUUCUAUGUUUAUGAAUUGAACUCUUUUAUUUAUAUUUUUCUAAAGAUACUUUCACAUUGUUCAAAUAUUUAAAAACAACACAAUAUGUAGGAAUUUGCUUUAAAUAUUAGUUAAAUAUGUAUCUUAAUAAUGUGAACGUAACUUAAGUUAUCUUUUUCCAAUUUUAUGUUUAUUCUAGUCAUUAUACAUGUUUAGCCAUUGUAUGUUGUCCUUCAAAGGCAUAAUUUCAUAAUCAUUAUACGAAUCUUAAUUGCAAAAGUGUAUGCGAUUCUAAAUUUCUUUGCAAAGAUACUCACUUGCAUUUCAUUCAAAGCGGAAAUGCAAAAUGAGAUACUGUCAUUCAUCCAUAGCAGUAAAUAGAAAUAAUAUUUUAUUAUACAUCGUCCUGCCGAUAGCCUUAAAUCAGACGAAUAUUAUGUUAAGAAGGAUAUUUUAAUAAAUAUAUUAAAAUAUAUUAUUGGAGUCAUAUGUUGUGAGAUAAAGUAAAAAGAAUGUUGUUUUUACAAAUUACAGACUCUGGGGGUAAUUAUAACUUUGAUAUAUUUUUGAAAUUUUCAUAAAAAGUAAUGACUCAAAAUAGCAUUUUCGUUGUUAGUUAGUGGACCAGUGAAUGCUUCGUAGAGAUUCGACAAAUUUUAGUUCAACUCUGAUUGAUAAAACCACAUAUAGAAUCGAGUAGUAAUGAGUAUUUAAAAAAAAAAAAAUAAAUGGAAAAGGAAAAAUUAAAAAAAAAAUUCAUUCCAUUACUUUAUUAAUUAGUAACAAAUCCAUUUGAUUGGAUUUAUAUAAAACAUUAAUGUAAAUAACGCGAAUAUUUUAGAAAACCACACACAUGUUCGUACAUACAUACACGAAAUUAAUCGGAACUCUCUAACGAUUUUGAAUAAAACCCAGUUUUUUCAUAAAAAUAAAUAAUUAAAUAAAAGAACUAUCGUUUUUAUUUUUCCGAAAAACUAAAUAAAAAUGUCGACUAAAUUAAUGCGAUCGUCAAUUCCUGAUAUUAUUUUUUUUAAUAUUAUAACUAAUAGUUAACUUUUUGUAUUAUUUUUAUUUAUUGAGAGAACAAGCAAAAUUGAAACUUUAAAAUAAAUACCAUUGAAAAUCCAUUAUGAAAAUUAUAAAUUAGUUAAACUAAAUUAGAUAAAUAAUAAAAAACGAUAAAUUUCAUACCAGGUUGUUUGUGCAUUUGGCGCAUGCACUUGUAUUCAAAUGUCAAUCAAGAACUUUGUGUGAAACGGAUCAAUAAAUUAUAUUCCAAAUUGUAUUUUAAUUGUAUAAAAUAUAAUAAAUAAAUAUAAAAAAAUAAAUAAAACCAUUUUCAUUAAAAUAAAGAAAUUGCGAAAAUAAAUUAACUAAACUAAAUGUACGGCUAUUGUUAAGUUUUAAGAAAUUUUGUACAAUAAAUGAAAUUGAAAACAAAAAUAUAUACCAUUAAAAACAAAAACAAAAAUACUAUAUAUGUAUAUUAAUGCA